UUUCACUGCUACUUGUCGUCGUAUGGAAUACAGCUCCGUGGUAAUAAUUCUUAGUGGAGGAAGAAAAAACAAGGCAUGAAAAAGCAAAGUGUGUUUUUCUUUGAUUUCUGCCCAUUAUUCUUGUGUUCUAUGCUACUGUGAGCAGAUAGAAGGUACACUGGUGAGCGCGCGAGUGUUUGAAACUGUGUGUGUUAGUGUGUUGCAAGUGUGAGCUACUUGUGCGUGUAAAGCGUGAAAACCGACUAAAUGACAACAAGCAAAGGAAAAUACAUAUAUCACACGCACGUACGCACACAUUGAGUAAAAGAAAAUCUAUGUUACAAGAAGUUUAAAAAAAAAAAAAACACACACACAAAGAGGCAAAAAGUGAGAAGAAGGAAAGAAGAAGAAUAGUGCUAUUUUCUUGCUAUGGUGCGGACGACGGUUAUAUUUCGGAUGCGUUAGUGCAAGUGUGCGUGUCUCAGUGUUAGUUGUGUGAGAGGAAGAAAAAUCGCUCUGAUGGCGAUGGUAAUGUUGAUGAUGAGGUUGAAAAUGACGACGUCGACGACAAUGUUGAGGAAGAAGUCGGUCGUUGUGGCAUUUGUGCCCCUUGUGUAAAGGCAUUUGAACUGGAAAGAAAAACACAACAGUGGCCAGAAAUGUUCAACAAAACAAAUACUCUUUUUAGAAGAAGAUGUUGAUGAUUAUGAUGAUGAAGGCAACGCUUACGACUGCGACUACGACAACGACGACAAAGACUACGACAACGAAGUUGCUUGUACACCAGAUUCAAAUAAUGAAAAUAUUCGCUCUGACGAUGAUGAUGAUGAGUGCAACGAUAAUCAUGAGCAAGGCAACGAUGGCAGCAACAUCAUCGACAGCAGCAGCAGCAGCUCUAGCGACACCAACAGCAGCAACGGCGACAACAAGGAAGAACCCAAGUAAGGAAUAGUUCGAUGUGCAGCAGUGGAACAGUUUACUUUUGUUUUUCCGCGUGCUCGCACACGCGUUUAUAAACGGAAUACGGAAAUAACCACAAAAUAUAUACAUAGUACAACAAAAAUAAAAAAAUACUUGCUUACAUGAAUUAAAAAAAAAAAAACAUCAACACAUAAAAAUUUGUUUUCAAACAAAACAACAAACUCAGCAACAUUUUUUAUUUCCAUCAAAAAAACAAAAACGAAAAAAAGUCAAAUCAAAAAAAGUCAAUAGAAAUUUUCACUUCAAAAUUAUUUUCAAUUUUAAAUAACAAACAAAAUUUUAAAACAAAUAGUUUCAUCUUUGCCAAAUUGAAGCAAAAUUCUCAACUGAUCACUGAACUUCCGCGGGCCCUUCAAAUAUCUCUGACCCAACACCAUUUUGGGCCAUCAUGUUAUCCCUAAUACCAGCCGAUUCAUGGUGGUGGUCGUGGGCCAAAUUACAGCAGGAAAUUGUGUUUUUGGAGCAUGAACUAAAACUGGAAUUGAAUGAAGAGCGAAGAGAACAAACCCAGAAAAAGUUGCAAAUUACAGAGAAAAAAGGGAAUUGGUAACGACAGCCAAGGCGAACCGAAAAACAAAGACUUUUCAUACACCAAAAGCAAAACAAGGGGAUUUGAAACCACAACAAUAACAUUAUAAUAACAAAAACAAGAAAAAGAACAAAAUAAAAAAAUGACAAACUAUUCACAACAUUUCAUGAGUAAAACUAAAACAAACUGAAGAAAUUAUGGAAAUAGAAACGACAAACAAUAGACUGAACUAGAGUCCAAAUAUUUUUAAAGUAAACAAAACAAACAACAACAUCAUCAUCAAUGGAAAACCUUUAAAGUUACAUAAAUAUCGAUCUACCAAACAAAAGCAAAAAUAGAAAUCCAUUUUCUCGUAUUACUCUACAAAACCAACAACAACAACAGUAAGCAAAUUCCAAACGUUGUUCAAACGAAUGUCAAAUAAAUGCAAUUAAUUUAAACAUAUCAUAAUCUAAUUACAAUUUAUAUUAAUUUAAUAACAAAAAAUAAUAACAAUAACAACAACAAAAAACAAAAUUGCAUUUAAAUAUUUACUACGACAAGAUAAAUAACAACAAAAGAAGCAAUAUUAUUACAAUUCAAUUCAUUAGAGUAUCUCAGAAAAAUACAAAACCAAAAACAAACUAUAACAACAAACAUACACACUAAUAUACUAAUACUCCAAAAAAAAAAACAACAAACAUAUACAAAAACAAAAUCAAUACUGCCCCCCUUUUUUUGGAUGAAGAAAUUGAAAAAUAAACAAAUUAUUUCUAUAAAUAAAUCAACAGCAACAACAACAUUGCCAUUUAAAAAGAAAAACAUUUUUCUUUUCUGGGAAAAGCUAAUCUUUUCAUUCAUUCAAUCACGCCAUAGACAAAAGUGACAACGAAAACAGUUAAUUACACAAAAAACCACAAGAACAACAAAAACAUUUAGUGAACAAAGAAUAUUUGAGGAGAACCCCAAAACUCAUUCCCAUUAAAGACAAGAUUUCCAUUCACACAUAAACUACAUAAAAAGUGUUUGAAGGAAGAAAGUUUUAUAGCAAAUUUAAAACAUCAAACAAAAGUUAAAUAUUUAAAGUGCAUCGCGUAACGAAAUCAUGUCAGUGCAACUAACUCGAAGUGCAAAAGACAAAAAGUGUGCGUGAAAUACAAUUUGAAACGAAUGUCCAGAACAUUAUCAUCUCGAUUAUCAUAAUGUCUGCUGUAUCAUCAGAGUUUAUUCAUCAAGAAUUUAUCUAAGAACAACCAAAAAUGGUGGACAGCUGAAUAGACUGUUAACACAAGAAAAAUGUGUUGGCUUGUGCAGGACUAUAUCGAAGAGGAUAGCAACUGGCAAAGCAACUGAAGUAACAAAAAGGACAUAAUUUUCAUUUUUGUUCUCAAAUCGAUCACAGACACACUACGCUAUAAUUACAAGAAUACAUUAGACAUCAUUAUAAUCAUUAUCGAUAGAACGUGGAAACGUCUGAAAGUAAACAAAAUAUCGAAUUCGAAAAUUACUUUCUAUAUAUGUCAAAAUGGAUUGGACUCGUUGGCAAAAUACGUUUCUAUGGAUUGUUUUUAAAUCUGGCAGUAUAAUGUGGCUGCCCAUAUGAUUGGGAGACAACACAAAAGAGAAUUGAACGGUUUAAAUACGAAGUGAAAAACAAACCCUCAAUAAAUGUAAUUCAAUUCCAAAUGCCAGUUAAAAGUAACAAAAUACAUUAAAGCCAGAAAAAAUUAAUAGUGCGUAUAAUUGGCCAUACUCUCUGUGGUCAAAUCGAAGAAACUCAAACAAAGGCGACUACUCGCAAGACGUUGAAAGAAAACAAUAGUCAUCCAAGAGUCGCUACAAUUUAUCAUUCAUCUGUCGCAUUUGCGAUAAAUCUCUGAAAUAAAAGACUGCUACAGUCAAACAUAAAACGACGAUUACGAAGACGCAUACAGCGAAUCACAUGCAAGACAUUGAAAGCAAAUAUUUUAAGAUUAAGAAAAGCAGAAAAAAUAACGCAAACAUCGAUCUUCCUACCCCCUUGAAUCAUACUCAAGUUACAAAACUCAAAACUUUUUUAUACUCUCAGAACAAACAAAGACCGAUAAGAAGCAUAUAACUUGUAAGAGCCAUCAUCAUCCUUGCAGAGAUUGUGCGUGUGUACUUGUGUUUUUAGAAAAAAACCCAAAGAAAAGCAUUUGUAUUAUAUGACCACAACAUUACAAUGCACGAUUAGUUGAAAUCCGAACGAAGAAGAAGAGGCAGACGGAACGACAAAAGAAAACCAUCAAUAAAACUCUGUAGACAGAGACUCGCCAAUACUUCACAACAUCGACGACACAAUAUCAAUUACUUUAGCGUCAUUGUUUUUUAUACUCUCAAUAACCAAAUACUACCACUACCACCACCACCUCGACUACUACUAAUCCAUUCACAUACAUUGUACGUAAAAAAAAACAUACUUGCAAACAUAGAAACAUACACAUGUAUAUUUUCCAUUUAACCUUAAAAUAAGGGAAACUGAAACAGAAACGAACUGAACUGAAGCACAAAAUCACUUCAACCUGCAAUACGAGCCAGCAAAAGUAGCCAUAAAUCAUUAUCGUCAUGAUUUUAAGAAUACACUGAGAAUAUCGAAACGAAAACGUUCGUUCCGUCGUUCAAACGUUACGGUACGCCACGUUUAGCCGGCGACCUAUUUGUGGAAAGUGGAAAGACAGUGGGGCAAGUAGUAGAUGGCAUUUGGUGGCAUCACAACACCAACAACCCAUAAUCAUCACCCCGGACUGACGACCCCCCGUGAAUCAGUCCAACAGCCAUAAGAGUGAGAGUAGUGAGAGAGCGCUAAACACAUCCACACAGCCAGAGAAAUUUGACUUCAUCUUUAAACUCAUCAACUAAUCAUCGAAACGCACAAACACAAAGUGAUUUGAAGAGAGAGAAAGAGAGAGCAAAGAGAAAACGAAUUACUCCAAAAGACUACAAGGAAUUAGGAAACAAAGAAACGAAGCAAACAAAAACCAAACUAGGAUCAGAGCAGAAGAUAUCACAGCGGAAAACUUCGGGAGAAGAGAAACGCCAUCGUUCAACACUCAUAUAUAUCUACCAGCUGCAUUUCGGAAACAUAAAAACCAUAGUUACUAGAGUGGAAAACAUUUCACAAAGCACUAUCACGUAAACUUAAACCUCAUUUAGUUGCCGACACCGUUAAACAGUAUAUCAGUCGAGCACAGCGGCCAGCCAAAGGAUCACAAGAGCAGCAGCCUAACAUGGAGUUUUUACGUGGUGUUUAUGCGUUUAUGCAAGUGAGUAGAUCAUCGGUGGACUAUCAACAAGGCUUUGAAAGUAUAACAACAACAGCUGAGGUUACAACACCCCUAACAGAGGCUAACGCGACAACAAUAACAACAACUGGUGGACAGACCACAGAAAUACCAACAACCAUUCGUGGCUCUUCAACGGUCAUAGGUAAAAAACAAAACCAAGAAACAUCGCUUAGUCUGAAGACAACAGCAAGUAAUGGUUUAGAGGAAAACCCCAAACGUAGUAUUGCCAAGAAAAGUUUAAAGCAAAUCAAAGAAACUCCCGAAGAAGAACAAUCACAAAAGCAACAACAACACCAACAGGAACAAUUACAACAAUUCCAACAUAAAAUGUUAAACAAACGUAAACAUCAAAGGCAACAUCAAUAGAAAAAACCGAAAAACAACCAGUUUAAAUGUUAGCGAAAACAAGGCGCAGAAGAAGACGAAAAAAAUCCGAAAACAAUAAACUGAAAGAUAUUCUCUAAGAUCAGAAAUCGGAAAUCAAAUACUAUGUGAUAGUUACAAGAAAAAAAACUAAGUAUAUAAGCAAUACAACACAAAUCAAAUCAAAGUCCUUAAAUCAAAUUUACAUUUUGUCUCAUCACCGAAUAGAAGACAAUUAAGGAUAGUUGCACCAUAAAGAAAGAGUAAACCGUAAUCAAACCCUUCCUCUUCCCCCCGAGAGCAAAUUACUAUAGAAAACAGGGAAAAUACAGAGUGAGAUAUUUACAAAAACAAGAAUAAAAAAAACGCCCACAAUUAAAAAAGGGGGUUUAAACUGGACACAAAGCAAGUGUCGGAAAAAUUGUUCUUUAAGCGUUUUCACAGACGCCAAGGAAAACUGGAAGCAACAACACCAAAAAUACCAGAAAAAAAAAACAAAACUACUUUACUUUUAUAAAUAUUUAUGUACAAAGGAAGAAAAAAGUAAGAGUAGUAUAAGAAGAGAAAAAAUCGAAAACCAGUAUUUUGUUGCAUAUACACGAUAUACACACAUACACCUAUAUAUUACUAGCUGAACAAAUCAAAAGCAGACUGUACAUAUUUAAAAAAAAAAAAAUAAACAAGAAAACGCAUUCAAACCAAUCCUGUAAUAUAUAUUCAAAUAAAAAACACAAACGAAUAUUCUUCAAGUAACUAAAAAACUCGAAACUACAAAACGCAACUAAAGCAACCAGCAAAGCAAACUCCAAAAGCAACCAGAAAAUAUAAAAAAAUCAUCAACUAUAUAUACACACAUACAUAUAUAUUUAAAAGAAAAAAAAACAAAGAAAAACAAACAGAGAGAGAAUUAUAUAUACAUACCUAUAUAUACAGAGAGGAAGUCGAAGAAGAAGAAGCAAAAGAUAUAUAUAAUAAAAAUUCAGUCAGCCGUGCCUUUUUACAAAAUUUUAUCGUGCUUUUUGUAUAUUUUGUAAAUCAUCAAAAAACAUCAACGUCAUCGUCUACCAAGAGCGAACAAUCGAACGAACAAACAUAACCAACCAAAACACCCACAUACUUGUUGUUGUCUUCGUUGUCGUCAUCGUCAUCAUACUGCGUUUAAAGCAAUACCAACAAACCCCGCAAUAAGCCUAACUCCAAAAACCAAAACAAAAAAGCAACGCCAAAACAAUCCCCGGAAAUUCAUUGAACUGCAAAGUGGUUUCUACUUCUCCUCGGUACUUUCUCAUCAACUCGUCUACCAAUCAACCAACAAACCAACCAACCCCCCCACGCCCACGACUGUGUUUUGUUUGUGUGUGCAUUCCGUGAUUCGGCCACACCAUAAACACACACACAAAAACACAUUUUUCGUACGCAUAUUAGAAGAAAAUGGUGUCUCAUGUCAAAAUCGAUUCACCUGUAUUUCGCCUACACACAAAUGCAACCGUUAUAUUAUUAAUAACAUUUUCAAUUGCUGUUACAACGCGUCAAUACGUAGGAAAUCCAAUAGACUGUGUACAUACGAGAGACAUUCCGGAAGAUGUACUUAAUACAUAUUGUUGGAUACAUUCAACAUAUACAGUGGUGGAUGCUUUUAUGAAAAAGCAAGGUUCCGAGGUGCCUUUUCCUGGGGUUCAUAAUUCACAGGGACGUGGACCUCUAACAAUAAAACAUACAAAAUAUUAUCAAUGGGUGGCGUUUACGCUAUUUUUUCAGGCAAUAUUAUUUUAUACACCAAGAUGGCUGUGGAAGUCUUGGGAAGGUGGCAAAAUUCAUGCACUUAUCAUGGACUUAGAUAUAGGAAUCUGUUCCGAAGCCGAGAAAAAACAAAAAAAGAAAUUACUUUUAGAUUAUUUAUGGGAAAAUCUAAGAUAUCACAACUGGUGGGCGUACAGAUACUAUGUUUGCGAGUUGUUAGCACUCAUCAAUGUGAUAGGUCAAAUGUUUCUUAUGAAUCGAUUUUUCGAUGGCGAAUUUAUGACAUUUGGCUUAGAUGUGAUACAAUACAUGGAGGCCGAUCAAGAAGACCGAAUGGAUCCCAUGAUAUACAUAUUCCCUAGAAUGACCAAAUGUACAUUUUUUAAAUAUGGUUCGAGCGGGGAGGUGGAAAAACAUGAUGCUAUAUGCAUAUUGCCAUUAAAUGUUGUUAAUGAAAAAAUCUAUAUUUUCCUUUGGUUUUGGUUUAUAUUAUUAACAUUAUUGACAUUAUUAACAAUUAUAUACAGGGUGGUUAUUAUAUUUUCACCACGUAUGAGGGUGUACUUAUUUCGUAUGAGAUUUAGGUUAGUGCGUCGAGACGCUAUAGAAAUAAUCGUUCGUCGUUCAAAGAUGGGCGAUUGGUUUUUAUUGUAUUUAUUAGGUGAAAACAUAGAUACGGUUAUAUUUCGAGAUGUUGUACAGGAUUUAGCCAAUCGUUUAGGUCAUAACCAACACCACAGGGUGCCUGGACUAAAGGGCGAAAUUCAGGAUGCAUGAUAUUGGGAGUAUUAGAAACCAUACAAAAUGCAAAAUGUUGUCUCCAUAUAAAAAAACAGUAAAACUUCAAUGAAACGAAAAAUACCAAAAAACACAUAAAAACCAGACAAAAAUCCAAUAAAAAAAAAAAAAUAACAACAAACCAACAAUGCUGCCAAUUUGCUUUUUUAUUAGCAAUUUACAACCAAAAGAUAGUAGAAGAACAAAAAAAAUGAAACUAAUACACACUUCAUCAUCAAUCAGAGUGCAUUAGAGACAGACAGAGAGAGAGAGAGAGAGACCUCGGAAAUUAUAGCAAAACAUCACAGGAGGUCUGGCGACUAUUUGACAAACGGGUGUAGUAUGGUUCCAUAAUAUUAAAAAAAUAAUAAAAACAACAUUGACUAUUCAAGACGCACAAAAUUCAAACCCGAACUAUGCAAGUCUAGCCACCCGGGAAAAGUCAAAUUUUCGCCUCUCCAAACGCAUGUACAUCUACAGCCACUUCACAUCACAAACGCUAACUGGAACAAAUGAACAAAAAGAGAAAUGACGGGAAAAUUCACAUCAGAAGAAGUUUUUUGUUUUUGUUUUUCGUCCAUCAUCCAUUUUUAAGCUAAGGAUCGAUUUACAUAUUAACAAAAUAAUACCACAACCGAUUGUCUUUUAUUUUUUUAAAGGCAAUUUGUAAAAUAUUAUAACAACAACAAACAAUACUAGUUGUAAGAUCACAACAAGAACAACAACACCACCACCAGCAUACGCAUGAUCAUCCUUCAUCCACCUUAGACCCCAUUCGAGGUUUAGUUUGGAGAACAUACAUUAUCAUCGAUAAUCAGGAUCAGAUCAGAAAUCAGACUUUACAAUACCCAAAAUAUCAGGCGAUCAUUCACAGAGUACUAAUUUUUUUCACCACACUGGCUCCGCUGCUUUUGUGUAGUUCAACACACAUUUUAUUGUCAUCAUGAUAGGAACCUUAAGCUUAAAAACAAUGAAAACAAUAAAUAAUAAAAGAAAAACAGGUUACAAACCAAAGACGAAAGAUUAAGAAAACAUAAAAAAAUGAUGAAAAAAUUUGGAGACAACAAAAGGUGUAUAAUUGCAUUUUUGUAUUGGACGGUUCUUUUUUUUGCCGAACAUUAACAUCAAAAAGGCAAAAAAAAAAAAUAAUAUUGAGGAAAAUUCAAGCGCUAGAAAAAAAAGAAAACAACAUUGGCUAAAGAGAACAUCCUAAAACCACGACAACAACAACUACUAUGUGUUCAUAUUACAAAAAAAGUGAAAAAAUCUAUAAAAAAAAUACAAAACACUUCUUUUUUAGAAAAAAACUUAAGAAAAAAUAUUUUGGAUGUAAAGAAAAUAUUAAAAAAUUUUGCGGAAAAAUUUUAAACAAAAAACAAUUUCCCAUACGGAAAAUCUGGCAAACAAAUUUGAGUGAAAUAUUUUCUCUUUAAAUCUGUACAAAGUUUGUGAUAUCAAUGCAACACAA